UUUUAUUCGUCUCAUUGUUAGGCACCGUAGACAUAUUAUACAACAGGCGCGAAUGAAAGAAAAGAGGUAGGGUUGGGAAUCGUUUAACUCGAGGUUGGAGAAAGUCUAGAACGGUUACUUAUUCACCGGCCGCGUCCGAGACAAGAGCUCGUGUUUUGUGUUGCAGAAUAAAAUUACAGAAAUGACCAACAACAGUGAAGAACAGCAGACCUCAUCUUCCACCGAGGAGACCAUCAUAGAGGUGGUGAUUCAGCCACCAACUCCAGAGGCCAAGGUGGAAUGUGAUGCUCUCCCCGCUGUGAUCACCACUCAGCCAGCACAGCCAAUGCCUGAACACGAUGACAGCAUUGCUGUGGUUAUGUGGGAAGCCACCGUUACUGGUCGACGCCUCAUCGACGAGAUGGUCAACCUGGGAUCGUUCUACAUGGCACAGGAAGAGAAAGCAGAAGGGCAUGAUUUCAACGAGUACGUCAUGCCGUAUGGCAAGCUACCGCUGAACGUAAUUCGCAACUACAAUCUUCGCAUCGUUGACACGGGUCGCUACCGCAUGCUCAAGGAGAUCCGCAACAACAGAAUGCUCAAGUCCAAGAGCGAGGUGGCCGCCUGCAACGAUUUCGCCUCGUGGCUCAUCAAGCUCCAAAAAGAUACUUUCCCCGACAAGAAAAUUGUCCUAGUCUUCUUUGAACCACGUCACUCCAAGAUCCUUCAGCUAUUCCAGGCUUUGGAACGUUACCGUCUUCUUGAUGAUGUCAACAAGAUUUUGCUUGGAUGUGUCAAUGGCUGGGAUCUGCUCCGUCAACAGGUGCAUGAUUUGAAGGACGAACAUCGCAUGGUCCUUAAAGCUUUGGCUGAUCACCACCUUGGAGUCGACACACCUUUGGAGAGCGCUGUUCAACGUGCUCAAGCACUUCACAAGAUUCUUCGCAAGGUGCAUGGCGGCCGCAUCAACACUGGGGUACUUAAGGAGAACCUCAUCAGUUGCGAUCAUUUGCUCGAACAAGUCAAGAAAAUCAAAGAAGAAUUGACCAAGGAGGCUCAAUGGAGACCGGUAUUCGCUGACAUGUUUCGCCAAGGUAUCAAGCCUCGUCGGCGAGCUGGAUUCCUCCGCCAUAUGCUCGUCGAGUCGGGCAUCACCUAUGCAGGCCUUACGGAAACAUUCAAGGACAAGAAAGAUGACGGUGUGGUCGAGGUCAUCAAAGAGAACAUCAAAGGCAAGAAUGAAGCCGACGUGGAGGAAGUCAUCAAGCUGCUGAAUCAACACCUUGCGCAGCCAGACAAGCCCGUCCGACGCGGUAGCGGUCGUCGAGCACCCCGCACUCGUUCCCUAUGCACCGCCACGGACUUGGAGAAGCAGCAGCCUGCGUCCAAGAUCGAGCCCGAGGAAAACAACAACGACCCUGUCAAAGUGAUUAUGGAUGUUAUUCCCAGCACUCCUGCGGUCCUGUCCGAAGUUUAAAAAGUCCCUCGACUCGCCUGAAAUUACUUACUGCCUCCCAACCCCACUUCCCUUUUGUUUUUCACUUAACUUGUCUCGUUUUUGAGAAAUUUUGAUCUUUUUUUAAGUUUACAAGUCUUUCACGAAACAAACUUGCUUGUCGCUUUUGGUUAUGCUUUUCUUCUUACCAGAGAUAACACUUGCAAAAUUUAUAUAUAUACCAGGGAGCUUUUUGGUAAUUGUUCUAGUCUUCUACUAAAAUCAAUCCAGGGUGUAUAUGUGCGAUGAAAUUGUCUCUGCAGUGCCUUUGCAGUGCCUUUCAUACUUGUGAGUUGAUCUCAUGGAAUGGAAUACAAAAUACUCUGAGGAAA